GAGAGAGACUCCAGCAGCCUCCGUGUGUUGGUGGUGAGUAGAUGUGAGUCUACGGUGAAGAAUUCAGCCGCCGAAGGACUUUUGUGCGCGAGAAAAACUUCUUCUCUGCCCACCCCAGCCCCGAAAGAGGAUAAGACGAGGACGACAAAUGCGAAAAUGCGAGAAGAAACCCAGGAAGGGAGUGUGUGCUUAUUAAAAAUUCAGCGCGGGAGAACACAUAUUAUCUUGUGGCAGCGCCGAGGAUAAACUACACCUCUGACGGACUCCGAACAUUGUUGAAUGGGGUGAAACCAAGAGGAACUUACUUUUUUUGUUGUUUUUGAGCGAGUCCACAGAAUUUCCAAGCGGCCAAAGACUGGAGAGAAAGGGGAGGAGAGGGGGGCAAAGAAAACGCCCUGCUGCCUGUUGCUGCUGGUGUCUCCAAAUUCAAACUUUAUCGCCGAGUUUGGGGGGCGAGGAAAAAUGAAUAUUUCCACUUAAAGCGAGGCGAUAACUCACACGUAACGUCACAUUUGUCGGCUCUGAAAUCCCGCUGGCUUGGGAGAGUUUCGGCACGCGGGGAGUUUCUUUUGGAGUAGUUUCUCCUCAUUGUCCACGCUACUCCUGCUGGACGCGAUUUGGGUGGGCUGAGAGCCCGAGGCUGCUCCGCUAGGCCCACGGCCAUUAGCCAGGAACAAAGACGGUUCACAUGUAAACUCAACACGCUUUUUGGACGACCUCCUCGUUAUUUUCUGCUCAACUUUUCACCACACGGACGCCGCAGUCAUGUCGCAAGGCGCCGAGAGGAGGAUGGAAACCCGGCUGAAGAAGCUGGAGGACAUGAUCAGAGACCCGCGGUGUGCCAUAAACCUGGAAAGUUUGCUGGACUCCAUAAAUGCGCUGGUCUUAGACCUGGACUACCCUGCACUACGCAAGAACAAAAACAUAGAAACCUUCUUAAACAGAUAUGAGAAAGUCAUAAGACAGACUCGAGAUCUCCAGAUGAAGUCUGAAGACUUUGACAGAGUAAAAGUCAUCGGUCGAGGAGCGUUUGGUGAAGUCCAGCUGGUCAGACACAAAGCCUCACAGAAGGUCUACGCCAUGAAGCUGCUGAGCAAGUUUGAGAUGAUCAAGCGCUCAGACUCUGCAUUCUUCUGGGAAGAGAGAGACAUCAUGGCCUUUGCCAACAGCCCCUGGGUUGUUCAGUUGUGCUGUGCCUUUCAAGAUGAGCUCUACCUCUACAUGGUGAUGGAGUACAUGCCAGGAGGUGACCUGGUCAACCUCACCAGCACCUACGACGUGCCGGAGAAAUGGGCCAAGUUCUACACGGCGGAGGUAGUGAUGGCCCUGGACGCCAUUCACUCCAUGGGCUUCAUCCACCGCGACGUCAAGCCGGACAACAUGCUGCUGGACAGACUCGGGCACCUGAAGCUGGCCGACUUCGGCACGUGCAUGAAGAUGGACGCUACCGGCAUGGUGCACUGUGAUACAGCAGUAGGGACUCCAGAUUACAUCUCUCCAGAGGUGCUGAAAUCCCAGGGAGGAGAUGGUUACUAUGGCAGGGAAUGCGACUGGUGGUCCGUAGGGGUCUUCAUUUUCGAGAUGCUAGUGGGUGACACGCCGUUCUACGCCGACUCCCUGGUGGGAACCUACAGUAAGAUCAUGGACCACAAGAACUCUCUGAACUUCCCAGAUGACGUGGAGAUCUCCAAAGAUGCGAAGAAUAUCAUCUGUGCCUUCCUGACUGACAGGGAGGUGCGAUUGGGGAGAAACGGCGUGGAGGAAAUCAAGCGACACCCGUUCUUCAAAAACGACCAGUGGACCUUCGACACCAUCAGAGACUCUGUUGCUCCUGUGGUCCCAGAGCUGAGUAGUGACAUAGACACCAGCAACUUUGACGAGAUAGAAGAUGACAAAGGCGACGUAGAAACCUUCCCCACACCAAAGGCUUUUGUUGGAAACCAGUUACCCUUUGUUGGCUUCACCUACUUCAAAGAAGACCAGCUACUAAAUGCACCCAACAAUUCCUCAGUGGCUCAGGAGAAUUCGAAAGGAGAGUCAGCAGUGCUGCAGAAGAGACUUCGCCACCUGGAGGUGCAAAUGAAUAAUGAUAAGCAAAUCAGAGAUGAGCUGGAGCACAAAUGCAGAACCGCCACCAGCCGCCUCGACAAAAUCUCCAAAGAACUCGAAGAAGAGGUGAGCAGCAGAAAGAACCUGGAAUCCAGUCUAAGGCAGCUGGAGAGAGAGAAGGCCCUGCUGCAGCACAAGAGCCUGGAGAGCCACCGCAAGGCCGAGAGCGAGGCCGACAGGAAGCGCUGUCUGGAGAACGAAGUCAACAGCCUUCGAGACCAGCUGGAUGAAAUGAAGAAAAGAAAUCAAAAUUCACAUAUUUCCAAUGAGAAGAACAUUCACCUGCAGAAACAGCUGGAAGAAGCCAACACGUUGCUGCGUGCUGAAUCUGAGGCUGCGACAAGGCUCCGUAAAGCCCAGACAGAGAGCAGUAAACAGCUGCAGCAGCUGGAGGCCAAUGUGCGCGAGCUGCAGGACAAAUGCUGCCUGCUGGAGCGAGGCAAGCUCAGUCUGGAGAAGGAAUGCAUCAGCCUGCAGGCCGCACUGGAGACCGAGAGGAGGGAGCAGAGCCAGGGCUCCGAGACCAUCAGCGACCUGAUGGGACGUAUUUCGAGCCUGGAGGAGGAGGCGCGUGAGCAGAGACAGGCUCUGUCCAAAGCCGAGACCGAGAAGAGGCAGCUUCAGGAGAAACUCACUGAUUUGGAAAAGGAGAAGAGCAACAAAGAGAUCGAUUUGACCUACAAACUGAAGGUGCUGCAGCAGGAGCUGGAGCAGGAGGAGGCCUCUCAUAAGACCACCAGGACGCUGCUGGCAGACAAGAGCAAGAUCAAAGUAACCAUCGAGGGCGCCAAGUCAGAGUCCAUGAAGGAGAUGGAGCAGAAGCUGGCAGAGGAGCGAUCGGCCAAACUGCGUCUGGAGAACAGAAUCCUGGAGCUGGAGAAGCACAGCAGCAUGAUGGACUGUGACUACAAGCAGGCCUUACAGAAACUAGACGAGCUGCGCAGACACAAGGACCGGCUCACUGAGGAGGUGAAGAACCUGACGCUGAAGAUCGAGCAGGAGACCCAGAAGCGGAACCUGACUCAGAACGACCUGAAGGCCCAGAACCAGCAGCUCAGCAUCCUGAGAACCUCUGAGAAACAGCUCAAGCAGGAAACCAAUCACCUGCUGGACAUUAAACGCAGCCUGGAGAAGCAGAACCAGGAGUUGCGCAAAGAGAGACAGGACACAGAUGGACAAAUGAAGGAAUUACAAGACCAGUUGGAGGCUGAACAGUAUUUCUCGACUCUUUAUAAGACCCAGGUCCGUGAACUGAAGGAGGAAUGUGAGGAGAGGAACAAACUCUACAAAGAUGUGCAGCAGUCUCUGCAGGACCUGCAGGAGGAGAGGGACUCUCUGGCUGCCCAGCUGGAGAUCACUUUGACUAAGGCUGACUCAGAGCAGCUGGCCCGCUCCAUCGCUGAGGAGCAGUACUCGGACCUGGAGAAGGAGAAGAUCAUGAAGGAGCUGGAGCUGAAGGAGAUGAUGGCUCGCCAUCGCCAGGAGCUAGCGGAGAAGGACAUCACCAUCAGCUCGCUGGAGGAAGCCAAUAGGACUCUGACCAGUGAUGUUGCCAACCUGGCUAAUGAGAAGGAAGAGCUGAACAACAAGCUGAAGGAUGCCGUAGAAGAUUCAGAGAAGUCGAAGGAUUGGGAGCAGCAGCUCAGCCAGAUGAAGCAGACGUUCGAGAAGCAGCUGCAAUCAGAGAAGACAUUGAAAAUUCAGGCCGUCAAUAAGCUGGCGGAGAUCAUGAACAGGAAGGAAGUGCGCGGUGGAGGUAGCCGCCGCGGUAAUGACACAGACAUGCGGCGAAAGGAGAAGGAGAACAGGAAGCUGCAGCUGGAGCUGAGGUCGGAGAAGGAAAAGCUCAACAGCACCAUAAUCAAAUACCAGAGAGAGAUCAACGAAAUGCAGGCACAAUUGUCAGAUGAGAGCCAGUUGCGUAUUGAGCUGCAGAUGGCUCUGGACAGCAAGGACAGUGACAUCGAGCAGCUGAGGAACCUCCUGCAGUCACUCAGCGUUCAGUCGAUGGACUCUGCCAGCAUGAGCAGCGGGCCGGAGUUUGACACCGAUGAUGCAUACGCAGAAACGAGACUUGAGGGUUGGCUCUCUCUCCCUGUCAGAAACAAUACCAAGAAGUUUGGAUGGGAGAAAAAGUAUGUUGUAGUGAGCAGCAAGAAGAUCCUCUUCUACAACAGCGAGCAAGACAGAGAGCAGUCCAUUCCCUACAUGGUGCUUGAUAUAGACAAACUUUUCCACGUGAGGCCCGUCACUCAAACAGACGUGUAUCGCGCUGACGCCAAAGAGAUUCCCAGGAUAUUCCAGAUUCUCUAUGCCAAUGAAGGUGAGAGCAAGAAGGAGCCCGAGUUUCCUGUGGAGCCACUGGCUAUUGGAGAGAAGUCCAGCUACAUCUGUCACAAAGGCCAUGAGUUUAUCCCCACGCUCUACCACUUUCCAACAAACUGUGAGGCGUGCACCAAACCACUGUGGAACAUGUUCAAGCCGCCGCCCGCUCUGGAGUGUCGGCGCUGCCACAUCAAGUGCCACAAGGACCACAUGGACAAGAAGGAGGAGAUUAUUGCUCCUUGCAAAGUAAACUACGACGUGUCUACAGCCAAGAACCUGCUGCUGCUGGCCGUGUCCCAGGAGGAGCAGCAGAAGUGGGUGAGCCGGCUGGUCAAGAAGAUCCCUAAGAAGCCUUCGGGACCAGAGCACUUUGCACGCUCUUCGCCACGCGCCUCCAUGAAGGUUCAGCCCAGCCAAUCCAUGAGGAGGCCCAGUCGACAGCUCCCCACCAGCAAGAGCAGCCCUCGCAGGUCAAAUGGCUUCAAAAUGAAGCGAGAAGAAUCCAGCAGUCUGUGGUACAAAUGACGACUUCUCCGGCCUUGUCCUUUGCCCUGAUGUUACUCUGUAAACUGCUCCGUUCCUGAAUGCGUGUUUAACCUUGCUUGGGAGCGUCUCCUCAAGGUGGUGAGGUCUCUUCAUAAAUCAAAGACUGUAUACAAAGCUUUGUUUCCGGAUCAGCACACUGAACUCCACAUCACUUCUCCACGACCCACCCCAUCCUGCUUCAGCCUGUGAGAGUUGCAAAGUCCAUUUUCCCUUUUGUUUCCCAGCCACUUGAGACCAUCGGGCCGACCCGAACACCUGUGAUCUGUACAGCAAGCUGGGUGGCUCGUAAAGCUUAUUAGCCAAAGUCUUCUCUUGGCCAGAGCGAUUACAUGUCUCUGGGGAACUGGAGUAGCAUGUUGAGUUCGGUUGAGAACGGAGGAGAGCUCUCGUGAGUCUGACCAAGGCUGGCAUGAGGGGGAUCCACUUACCUCGACGAUUCUCACCUCGGCGCACCGUCUGAUUGAAGGACGCAGCAGACAAACUCCUCCUCGCCACCUCUGGGGAUUCUUGUGGCCAAAAUAACAAGACAUUCUAGCGUUUAAUGAUUGUGAACAAUAUGAAGGGUUUAAUGGGGAACACUACACUCAGAAGAUGGUAAAUUCUGUAUUUUGUUAGCUGAAUGCAGCUGAGGUUUGUGAACUUGAUGCCAGAUGGUAUCUGUACUUUCAUACUCUUUUAUGAUACUCUUGCUUUCCACAGCUCUGCUUUCAGGUGUAUGUCCACAGAGGUCACAGAAUCUUGAAUAAGGUACUUGAGCAGAUGAGCUGUGACUUCUUGGAAAGUCAUUAAGAAGGAGAAGAAGAAAUAGAAGAAAUGUUGGCUUCCUGUUUGGUUUGAGCGAGCAAUUCCUUGAGUGCCUCUUAUUCAGAUUUCUGACUCAGGCACACUCUGAGUUUCGGAUGUCGUCGUGGGACCACAGUGAACAGGAUCUGACUCUGGAUGGCAUGAGAUGAAGGGGCCAGACAUGAGAUCUCCGCAAUCCCAUAAUCUCAAAAAUCUGCACUGUCCAUUCUGAGGGUUAAUGUUUACUGAAUUCAAGGGAUGCACCGUUGAUGCUUUUCUGAUCCAAGCUCAGCUCCUUUUUGUUGUUUUGAAUGUACAUCUGGGCUUUACCAGAGACGACACACAGGCAUUGUAUUAUGUGUAUCCAGAUAUACUUGACUGAAGCUCCCUUUCAUCACCAACUACUCUGAGUGAACUUGCAUGCGUUUGCUUUUUCAGGCCCUGCACUUGUGUGCUGUCACCCACAGGCCUCCACCUGUUAGCAAAUGUUGUUGUUAGCCAGUAGUGACAAUGCAAAUGAGGGGAAGUUAACCAGUAAGAAGUAGAAACAAUGAAGGUAUGCAAUCAUUUCCUGAAUCCACAAACCAACGUACUGAGCAGCACUAUUCCGUUGAAAGUUUUUUUUUUUUUCUAAAAGUGUUUGUCCUGAUGUUUUUGUAUUAAAAGUAACCAAACUCUGGGUUUGGACUGUGUAUGUGGCUUAUAUAGCAAGUGGAGAGUAAACUGUGAGUGUGUGCGCGUGUGUUCUGAGUGCUCUCCUUUAACCAAGAAGCAUGUUUUAUACAUAUAAAUAUACACAGUAUAUAUUUUACAUGGCAUACAGUGCACAUUAUAUUAUUUAUACAGCCUUGUCCACUUUGUAUUUAAGGGCUCUACAUCCAGAUUGCAUGUUUGCUACCAAACGGCUCUAUAAUAAUAACCACUUCAACAAUAAAGACAUGGAUGUGC